AGUGGGAACCUGCAUCCUUUGGGAAAAUCAGUGUGCAGUGGUUGUGUGAGCCGUUGUUGAGAGUGGAGCGGUGACGCGGGCGGCGCCUCCGAGCCGGCGAGCUCUACGCAGUGCGUGUCCGGACGGGCCGCCAGCCAGCCGUGCUCCCCGCAGUCAGCCAGGCGCUCCCCCCACGCGGCGGGCCAGGGAGGCGUGCUCGUCCAGCGGGGAGGCGGGCCCUCUCCGGACUACGGGGGCGGCGGGAGCGGCCGUGAAGAGGCCAUGUCGGAUCCAGCACGCUGCGUCGACUGAGAGCGGGUGUCGCCGGUGAUGGCGAGCGGCGGUCCGGGCCCGCCGGGCGGCGAGGGCCGCGCGCUCGGCGCCGGCCGCCCCCUGGCCCUGGAGCGCCAGGUUGGUGUUUGGGACACCGUGCUGCUUGAGCCACUCACCGAGCAGGCCUUCAUCGCCAACCUCCACCAGAGAUACAAACACGACCAGAUUUACACGUACAUCGGGCAGGUGCUCAUCUCCGUCAACCCCUACAAGAAGCUGGCGCUCUACACCAGUGAAGUGAUCCGCGCGUAUCGGGCCUGCUCGCGGUUUGAGCUGCCACCGCACGUGUACGCCGUGGCCGAGGAGGCCUACCGGGCGGUGCGUGAGCAGAACUGCGACCAGUGUGUGGUCAUAUCGGGCGAGAGUGGCUCCGGCAAGACCGAGGCUUCCAAGCUCAUCAUGCAGUACGUGGCCGCCGUUUCCGGCCGGGCCAAGGAGGUCAACGCCAUCAAGAGCCAGCUGCUGCAGUCCAACCCCGUGCUGGAAGCAUUUGGGAACGCCAAGACGCAUCGCAACGACAACUCGUCUCGCUUUGGCAAAUACAUGGAUCUGGAGUUCGACUUCAAGGGGGACCCGAUCGGUGGCCUUAUCACGAACUAUCUGCUGGAGAAGAGCCGCGUGACGGCGCAGCAGCCGGGCGAGCGAAACUUUCACAUCUUCUACCAGCUGCUGACCGGAGCCGACAUCCAGCUGCUCAAAUCGUUGAAGCUGCAACGCAAUGUGGAGAACUACGAGAUUUUGAAGCAGGGCAGGCCUCUUCAGUAUGACUCCUUGGAUGACAAGAGGGACUUUCAAGUCACGCGGCGCGCGAUGGACAUUCUCGGCCUGACCGUCGAUGAGCAGCAGGGCAUUCUGCGCGUGAUCGCAUCCGUUCUGAAGCUGGGCAACGUCACCUUCUCACCCGUCAACAACAUCGACGGCUCGGAGGGCUGCGUGGUGGACAACGAGUACGACCUGCAAGACGUGUGCGAGCUGCUGCACGCGGAGCCGGCGGCGCUGCAGGCCCCGCUGACGACGCGCUGCCUGGAGCCGCGCGCCGAGGCCGUGCUGGUAGAGCUGAGCGCCGCCGAGGCGGCCGGCGCGCGCGACGCGCUCGCACGCGCCCUCUACUCGCGUCUCUUCGCUUGGAUCAUCGUGCGGAUCAACGAGACAAUCAAGCCAAAGAAACAUGCGAAGAGAAAAGUGCUGGGUGUUCUGGACAUCUACGGCUUCGAAGUAUUUGAACACAACGGGUUCGAGCAGCUUGUUAUCAACUUCUGCAACGAAAAGUUGCAGCAGAUAUUUAUACAAUUGGUGUUGAAAGAGGAACAAGAGGAGUACGUGAGGGAAGGCAUAGAGUGGACUCCGGUGGAGUACUUCAAUAACGCUGUUAUCUGUGAUCUUAUCGAGAAGAACAAUCACGGCAUUUUAUCACUGUUAGACGACGAGUGCCUGAAGCUUGGACAGGGCUCCGAUGAGAGCUUCCUGUCGCGAAUGGACCAGAGCUGUGCCGGACACCCGCACUACGUAGCCGUGGCCGAUAACAGCUCACCGGCCCACUGCCUGCUGGAGAAUGUGCGCAUCAAGCGCGCCGGGUUCGCCUACCGCCAGACGUACGAGGCGUUCCUGGCGCGCUACAAGAUGCUCUCGCUGCACACGUGGCCGGCCUGGUGCGGCCUUGCCGCUGAGGGCGUAACCUAUCUGCUCCGCGACCUCCCCAUCUCCAUGACCGAGUAUGCCUUCGGCCGCACCAAGCUCUUCAUUCGAAGUCCAGAAACGGUCUUCGAGCUGGAAGAGUUCCGUCGAGAGAGGCUGCACGAGCUAGCCACGCUCAUCCAGAAGUCGUGGCGAGGGUGGAGGCAGCACAGGCUAUUCGAAGCCAUGAGAAAAUCUCAGAUCAUCAUCGCCUCCAACUGGAGAACGUGGAAGGCCAAGGAGGAGCUGCGCGUGAUGAAGCAGCGCCGACGGACCGAGUGGGCGGCGCGACUGGUGCAGCGCGCCUACCGCUGCUGGAAGCGGCGUCGCUUCCUGCUGCGGCUGGCGCACCACCUGCCGUCCGAGAGUCCCCUCAGCCGGGACUGGCCCCGCGCGCCGCCCCUCUGCCACCAGACCAGCGCCCUGCUCUACAAGCUCUACCACAAGUGGCGGUGCCACAAGUACAGAAUGCGCUUCGACCAGACGUCCAGAAAUCGCAUGAGGGAAAAAGUGACGUCCAGCAUCAUCUUCAAGGGCCGGAAGGCAUCCUACGCAAAGAGCAUCGGCCACCCGUUUCUCGGCGACUACGUGCGACUGCGUCAGAACAGUCACUGGAAGAAGAUGUCGGCAGACACUAACGACCAGUACGUGGUGUUCGCCGACAUCAUUAACAAAAUCGCACGCUCCAGCGGAAAGUUCGUUCCAGUCCUGUUUGUGUUGAGCACGAGCUCGAUGCUGAUCCUGGACCAGCGGACGAUGCAGAUCAAGUACCGGAUCCCGGCGCCCGAGAUCUACCGGAUCUCGCUCAGCCCAUUCCUGGACGACAUCGCCGUCUUCCAUGUGCGCGCUUUGUCGCCGUCACGUGACGUGCCGGUGGAGGAGCCCAACCUGCCCGGCUGCCUGCUGGGUGGUGAGGCCGGUUCCAAGCACCGCAAAGGCGACCUCGUCUUCCAGACGGGCCACGUCAUCGAGAUCGUCACAAAACUCUUCCUGGUCAUUCAGAACGCCACGGGCAAGCCACCCGACAUCAACAUCGACACCGAGUUCGAGGCGAAUUUCGGCCAGAGUGAUGUGGUGUUCUCUUUCAAGGCUUCCGGUCACCCGGAUACGCCACCGGGUCAGAUCCGGAUCAUUAGGCGAGCCAACAAGAUGGAAGUGAUCUUAUGAGAGCACGCCUCCUGCUAGUGUUGUUGAAAAGGGAUCGCAGCCUCGCCUGCGACAGGGACGAGUCGGUCGCCGGGCGCCGAGGCCAGCUGCCCAGGGUCCUGGGAGUGGACGACAUCCUCUCCAAGACCCUCUGGUGUGCCCCGGUCGUCCAAGGGGC